AUGUCUGAUGUUGAGUUGAAAGAUGACUCCUUGAACAGACUAGAAAAGUCGUCGAGCAACUCGAGUUCAGACCAGCACUCAAUCACCGAGUACCAGGGCUUGCAAGAUGACGAUAAAAAUGUCAGGAAGUUGGCUAGAACCUUCACCCACGACUCGUUUGGCGACAACCCUUCGGCUCUUGGUUUGCACAAGUACCUCACAAACAUGUCGCAGGUCCCCGGUGUCAACCCCGUGAGCGAGGCUGAUGAGCGGAAAUUGGACCCCGAGUCUGACGAAUUCGAAGCCAAGUUUUGGGUCAAGAAUUUGAAAAAGUUGUUUGAGAGCGAUCCCGAGUAUUAUAAGCCGUCGAGAUUGGGCGUUGCCUAUCGUGAGCUUCGAGCAUAUGGGGUUGCUAAUGACACCGAUUAUCAACCAACGGUGACCAAUGCGUUGUGGAAGUUGGCUACCCAGGGCGUUAGAUUCUUGCGAAAGGAGAAGGAAUCUGAAUUGUUCAACAUUUUAAAGCACAUGGAUGCGAUAAUGAAGCCGGGUGAAUUAACCGUGGUCUUGGGCAGACCCGGGAGUGGCUGUUCGACGUUGCUCAAGUCAAUCGCAUGCAACACAUAUGGGUUCCAUAUAGGGAAAGAAUCACAGAUAACGUAUGACGGUUUGUCCCAGAAGGACAUAGAACAGCAUUAUAGAGGUGACGUGAUUUACUCAGCCGAGACAGACGUUCACUUUCCCCAGUUGAGCGUUGGGGAUACCCUAGACUUUGCAGCAAGGCUCAGAACUCCCCAGAAUCGUGGUGACGGCGUGUCGAGAGAAGCCUACGCCAAGCAUUUGGCAAGUGUCUACAUGGCCACCUACGGCUUGUUACACACGAGACACACUAAAGUAGGAAACGAUUUCGUUAGAGGUGUAUCUGGAGGUGAAAGAAAAAGAGUCUCCAUUGCUGAAGCAUCAUUGAGUGGGGCAAACAUACAAUGUUGGGAUAAUGCCACGAGAGGUUUAGACGCAGCCACCGCGUUGGAGUUUAUCAGAGCUUUGAAAACCUCGGCUGUUGUUUUAGAGAAGACCCCCUUGAUUGCCAUUUACCAGUGUUCGCAGGACGCCUAUGACUUGUUCGACAAAGUGGUGGUCCUCUACGAAGGCUACCAGAUCUUUUUCGGUCGAGCAGACCAAGCCAAGCAGUACUUUAUCAACAUGGGAUACGAAUGUCCCGAAAGACAAACCACGGCCGAUUUCCUCACGUCCAUCACUAACCCAGCGGAAAGAGUUGUGCGACCGGGGUUUGAAAACAAAGUUCCUAGAACUUCCGAAGAGUUUGACAAAUUUUGGAAAAGCUCCCCCGAAUAUACUGCCUUGAUUCAAGAAAUUGACCAACACUUUGUCGAAUGCGAAAAGCUCAACACCAAACAACUAUUCCACGAUUCACACGUAGCGAGACAAGCAAAUCACACAGCACCAACUUCACCAUACACGGUUUCGUUCCCCAUGCAGGUCAAGUAUAUAAUGAAACGGAACUGGUUGCGUAUGAAAGGGGACCCCUCAAUACCCAUCUUUUCCGUGUUUGGGCAGUUGGUGAUGGGUCUCAUCUUGUCCUCGGUGUUUUACAAUCUCAAUCAAACCACGCAGUCAUUUUACUUCAGAGGAGCAUCAAUGUUCUUUGCCGUGUUGUACAAUGCAUUCGCGUCGCUUUUGGAGAUCAUGGCUCUUUUCGAAGCCAGACCCAUCGUUGAAAAACACAAGAAAUACGCCCUUUACCGACCAUCAGCCGAUGCUCUUGCGGGAAUUGUGUCAGAGUUACCCACCAAGUUCCUCAUGUCCAUGUCAUUCAACUUUGUUUUCUACUUUAUGGUUAAUUUCAGAAGAAACCCUGGACGGUUCUUUUUCUACUGGUUGAUGAACGGUUGGUGCACUUUGGUCAUGUCUCACUUGUUUAGAACGAUUGGUGCCGUGUCGACCUCGCUUGCUGGUGCCAUGACUCCAGCUAUCGUGUUGUUGUUGGCGAUGGUGAUAUACACUGGUUUCGUUAUCCCCACGCCCAUGAUGUUGGGUUGGUCAAGAUGGAUCAACUACAUCAACCCCGUGGGCUAUGUCUUUGAAUCACUCAUGUGUAACGAGUUUCAUGAUCGUGAGUUUGAGUGCGCCAACUUUGUGCCCGUUGGUCCUGGAUACGAAGGUAUUGCAGAUGCCAAUAGGGUCUGCACCGCAGUCGGGGCACGACCAGGUAGUACGGUUGUGAAUGGAACCGACUACAUCGAGGGACUUUACAAUUACUCCAAUGCGCACAAAUGGAGAAACUUGGGAAUCACCAUUGGGUUUGCGGUGUUUUUCUUGUUUGUCUACAUUGCCCUUACCGAGAUUAACAAGGGUGCCAUGCAAAAGGGUGAAAUAGUCUUGUUUUUGAAAGGAUCCUUGAAGAAGCAAAAGAAGGAAAGGAAAUUGAAAGAAGCCAAAACUGACUCUGAAUUCGGUGGGAUGCCAAACGAAAAAGUCGGCUACGAAGCCGAGGCUGAGGCUAGACAAUUCGAAGAAGGAAAGGAGUCCAUUUCAGAUGCCGAUGUUGAGUUCCCAAGCAAUAGAGAUAUUUUCUUUUGGAAAAACUUGACUUACCAAGUGAAAAUUAAAAAGGAAGAUCGAGUCAUUUUGAACCACGUCGACGGCUGGGUUAAACCGGGGCAAAUCACGGCAUUGAUGGGCGCUUCCGGUGCUGGUAAGACCACUUUGUUGAACUGUUUAUCUGAGCGUGUCACUACUGGUGUCAUCACCGAUGGCGAAAGAAUGGUCAAUGGUCACUCGUUGGACUCAUCGUUCCAGAGGUCUAUUGGGUAUGUCCAGCAGCAAGAUUUGCACUUGUCUGCCUCAACUGUAAGGGAGGCGUUGCAGUUUUCCGCGUACUUGAGACAGUCAAAUAGUGUGCCCAAGAAGGAGAAGGACGCGUACGUUGACUACAUUAUUGACUUGUUGGAAAUGACUGCAUAUGCCGAUGCCUUGGUUGGUGUUGCAGGCGAAGGUUUGAACGUGGAGCAGAGAAAGAGGUUGACCAUUGGUGUUGAGUUAGUCGCCAAGCCCAAGUUGUUGUUGUUCCUCGAUGAGCCCACUUCCGGUUUGGACUCGCAAACAGCUUGGUCGAUUUGUAAGUUGAUGAGGAAAUUGGCAGACCACGGACAGGCCAUCUUGUGCACGAUCCACCAGCCUUCCGCUAUAUUGAUGCAAGAGUUUGACAGACUUUUGUUUUUGCAGAAAGGCGGUGAGACUGUGUAUUUUGGCGACUUGGGUAAAGGCUGCUGCAAAUUGAUUGACUACUUUGAGAGCCAUGGAGCUGACCCGUGUCCCCCAGAUGCCAACCCUGCCGAGUGGAUGUUGCACGUUGUUGGCGCAGCGCCAGGAUCGCAUGCAAAAGCAGACUACUUUGAAGUCUGGAGAAACUCCCAAGAGUAUCAAACCGUUUUACAAGAAUUAAACAGAAUGGAAACUGAGCUUUCGAAAUUGCCCCGUGAUGAGGAACCAGAGGCCAAACUUAAAUACGCAGCCCCAUUGUGGAAGCAAUACUUGAUUGUCACUUGGAGAGUAAUUGUCCAAAACUGGAGAACGCCAGGUUACAUCUAUUCCAAAAUUUUCUUGGUUGUUGCCGCGUCAAUCUUUAACGGAUUCUCCUUUUUCAAAGCCAACACGUCGAUGCAAGGCUUGCAGAAUCAAAUGUUUUCAAUCUUUAUGUCAUUUAUCCCCUUCAACACCCUAGUGCAGCAGAUGUUACCAUACUAUGUCCGCCACAGAGAUGUGUACGAAACCAGAGAAGCGCCCUCGCGUACAUUCAGCUGGGUCGCGUUCAUCACCGGUCAAAUCUCCUCAGAGAUUCCGUUCCAGUUUGUCAUUGGCACCUUGUCUUUCUUUUGUUGGUACUACCCUGUGGGACUAUACAGAAACGCCGAGCCAACUGACCUGGUAAACUCGAGAGGCGUACUCAUGUGGUUGUUCCUCACUUCGUUCUACAUCUACACUUCCACCAUGGGUCAAUUGUGCAUCUCGUUCCAAGAGCUGGAAAUCAACGCAGCAAAUCUCGCCGUUAUGUUGUUCACCAUGUGUCUCAACUUUUGCGGUAUCUUGGCCUCAAAAACCGCGUUACCUGGGUUCUGGAUUUUUAUGUACUACUGCAAUCCAUUCACGUACAUGGUUCAAGGCAUAUUAGCCACAGGGUUAGCCAACACCGAGGUUGUGUGUGGCGCAGCCGAAUUAGUGACGGUUAUUCCGCCGCUGGGAGAAUCCUGCGACUCCUACAUGGGCAAGUUUUUGGAAAACUUUGGCGGUUACGUCCGCGUCAUUGACGGCGACUGUAAAUACUGUCAAAUCUCGUCAACAAACACAUUCUUGAACAGCGUCAACGCUGAGUUCAGCCAAAGAUGGAGAAACUGGGGUAUCGUCAUUGCUUUCAUUGGUGCUAACAUUAUCUUGACUACUUUCUUUUACUGGUUAGCACGUGUUCCAAAGGGCAACAGGGAGAAGAAACAUAAGAAGUAA